AUGGAUCCACCGAAUGAUAAUAAUGCAUCGACAAUGCAAAAACCAUUAAUGGAAAUAACGGAAAAAGAUGCAUUUAAAGAGAAAAUAAUUGCAUUUGUCAAUCCAAAAUCUGGUGGUUUACAAGGUCAACUAGUAUUUGAACAAUUAACUGUUCAAAUAGGUAAAGAUAAUGUUUAUGAUCUUGUCAAAGAUCAUGGACCACAAAGAGGUUUAAAAGAAAAUCAAUAUCAAAAAAAUUUAAGAAUCAUUGCAUGUGGUGGAGAUGGAACAGUUGGUUGGGUCUUAUCAGCACUUGAUGUAUCUCAAAUGCAAUAUAUGGAUUUCGUUAGUGUCGGAGUUAUUCCAUUAGGAACAGGAAAUGAUAUGGCUAGAUUUCUUGGAUGGGGUGUUGGUUACCAUGGUGAAGCAUUAGCACCAGUUAUUCAAUCAUUAGCUGGUUCAGAAACACGUCUACUCGAUCGAUGGCAAAUCGAUGUUCAACCAACAGCUCAUACAGGAAUAUCCAGUUUAAAAAUUCCACAACCUGUUUUUAAUAAUUAUCUAAGUUUUGGCGCAGAUGCUCAGAUUGCACUUGAUUUCCAUGAGAAGCGUAAUGCUAGUCCACGGCGUUAUGCUAAUCGAGUAUUUAAUAAAUUUGCUUAUGGCUGUAUUAGUUGUAAUACAUUUAUUGAUCGUCGAUAUUUAUUUGGAAAUAUUGUAAAUUUUUUUGAACUUCAUGUUGAUGGAAGAAAUAUGGAUGAAGAACUAUUUCAAUUUCGACCUGAUGCUAUACUUAUUUUAAAUAUAGCAUCAUAUGCGGCAGGAACAAACCCAUGGCAAGGAGUUUAUGAUAGUCUUUGGUGUGCAAGAUCACAAGCGGAUGAUGAUCGUUUUCGUGAACAAAGUUGUUCCGAUGGUUAUUUAGAAAUUAUUGGUUUUAAACAUUUUGAAUUAGCACGUAUUCAACUUGGACGACGUGGACAUCGAAUUGCACAAGGAAAUGAAAUAAAAUUAAGAAUUCGACGAGAUUUACCAAUGGAAAUCGAUGGUGAACCAUUCUUACUUGGUCCUUGUCAGAUUACAAUUACACGAAAGAAUCAAGCGCGAAUGAUUAUUACUGAGCGAAGCCAAGCAGCUCAUCAAAUUCAAUCAAAACGAGUUUAA